AUGCAAACUCUACAACAGAAAGCUUCUGAAUGGAGCGGAGUUCCAACGAACGAAGCUUUCUCCAUCGACGAAACCAAUCUCUUCCAGAAACUCGGCCUUCAAACCUUCAUCAACCUCUCCACCAAUUUCUACAACAGGGUUUAUGAUGAUGAACAAGAAUGGUUUCGUUCCAUUUUUGCUAAUUCUAAGAAAGAUGAAGCUAUUCAGAAUCAGUAUGAAUUCUUUGUGCAAAGAAUGGGAGGUCCUCCUCUGUUCUCUCAAAGAAGAGGACAUCCUGCUCUAAUUGGUCGACAUCGACCAUUUCCUGUCACUCAUCAAGCUGCGGAGAGGUGGUUACAUCACAUGCAACAAGCAUUGGACACUACUCCAGAUAUAGAUGAUGACUCAAAGAUCAAAAUGAUGAACUUCUUCAGGCACACUGCUUACUUUUUGGUGGCCGGUGAUGAGCUAAAGAAUCCAAACGAACAGAUACCGUGCAAACAUGCAGCUGGAAAAGAUAAUUCAUGA